UCACAUAAGGCGUAGUAGCAAAAACACUGCUGUUGUGAGUUUGGAAGCGUGUUUUAACCAGAGAGAGAACUGUGGAGGAUAACGGGACUGGACUUCUGCAGCUCCUGUUGAUUAGAUUUCAAAAUGAACAAGAAAUAUCAGAAUCUUUAUGACCCUACAGUGGUACGAAGACCUACAACUGUUCAGCCUAAUACUUCUCUCUAAAGAUGCUGUCAAGAGUAUUUGUCUCUCAUGAAUAUAUAUGCAACACAAAAUGUACAAAGUGCAACAACUAUCUUUCUGUACCACCGAUUAUUAUUCGUUCAAAUAAUCCAGUAUGUGGGAGAUGUGUCACACAAACUGUCGAUCCUGUGGAGAAUAGAGCCUACUUUUUUGAAGAUCUAGCCAAGUUUAUGUUUUUUCCAUGUAUAAACGAUAUCUGUGGGUGUACCUUCCAGUCACCUUGGGGAAAAGUGUUAGACCAUGAAAUCCGUUGCGAAUAUCAAAGAAUUAUUUGUCCUGCAAUCGAAUGUGCAAAUAAGAUUAGGAGUGACGAAAUAACGUGUCAUUUUGAGAAUAAACAUCAGCAUCUAAUACUGAAACAAAAUCAGUGCCUUUUACCACAAUUUAAUACUGAAAACUCUUGUGAAAAUAAGUUAUUUAUGUGGAAAGAUCAGCUAUUCAUUAUUCAAAUAAUGGCAAGUGAUAAUGAGGACAUAUAUUUUCGUAUUUCCAGUUUCAAGGGGCCCGUUUCUAAAGCGCUGAAGCUCAUUUUAAGUAGUAAAUCAAGUUCUAGUACAAUAAGCUUGGAUAAAUUCGUGACAGUUAAAUACGCUUCAAAAUUUCCUCCUUUUUACGAAACAGAAAAAAUAAAUACUGGUGCUCUAAAACAUGUUUUGGGAUCUAAAAUUACGUGCGUAUUUAAGUUUGAUGAUGAACUAAAGUCAAAAAACUCUGAAAUGGGUAAUAACAAACUGCUUUCUGAAAUAGAAUGUCUAGUCUGUGCCGAUUAUAUGAGACCACCUAUUUACAUGUGCCCCACAGGGCAUAGCUUAUGUGGAAAAUGCAAAGCGAAAUUGUCAAAAUGUCCUCUAUGUUCCAGACAAUUUGGCGAUACUAGAAAUUAUUCUUUAGAGAGAAUUGCUGAAAUUAUUACGUAUCCUUGUAGAUACAAGUAUCAAGGCUGCAAUUUUGCGGGAAACUUGGAAAAUAUUACACAACAUGAAUUGGUCUGCUCUAUAUCAUUUGUGGAUGAAAUAGCUUGUAUAGCAACUAUAAGUUGCAAAUGGAAGGGGCAAUACAGUGAAGUUUUUCAACAUAUUAUAUCACAUCACAAAUAUAGUUUCUAUUUGGGAUGUCCAAUGUCAAUAAAUGCAAGCGCAUCUACAAAUACACUAGGAUUUUUUGAAUACGAUAACAAGGUUUUUAAGCUGUAUAUUGAAUGGAAUGAAAAUAAAAAAAAUGAGAUGCGGUGGUCUGUUACGUAUGUUAAAAGCAAAGAUGAGUGUUCUGAUAAAUAUAUGUUCCAUUUGGAUUUUGUGAGUGGCAUUAGAACUUUUACGAUCAGCGACAUUUGCCCCAGAAAACCCGCAGCAGCUGUAAAGAAAAAUUGUGUACAGUUCGUUAAUAUACCAUUUUUUCAAAUUAAACCUUUUAUAAAAGAAAAUAAGGUAACUUUUACAUUGAACAUGGUUAAAGUGUGUUGAUUUUGUUCUGUUUACUAUAUGCCAAGUUAUAACAACAGAAAGUCUAUCAUUAUUUAAUAGAACAUGCAUAUAAAAUCAUUACUUUCCGAAAAGAAGUGUUUCUUUUUUAAUCAUUAUGUUUACUUUAAUAUAAAUUAUUACUUGCUCUGAAUAAGUAAAAGAAUUCUUUGUACGAGUACCUGUUAUUACAAUUACAACAUUAAAGCGCUAAAUAAAUAUCUCCAUUUUUGGACACUGUCAAGAAAAAAGUGAGUACACAUGGGUUUUGUAUUAUAUGUAAUAAAAUGAAUCACAGGUGACAAUUAACAUUAAGCUGAAGAUAAGAAAAGUAAUAAAAUGUUUGAAAAAUGCAUAGAAAAAGGAAGUUUCUUAGAAAAAUAUUAUCGAAUUAUUUAAUGUUGUUAAAUUAUUGUCCUUUUGUGAUUUACUUUUAUUGUAAACAUUUUCAAUAGAUGUCAAAAUCUUGGGGGCAGACAGAUAUAAUUCCACGCUAAAUUAUUAUUACUAACUGGAUAAAAAAUAUUGAAAAAAAAAUGUAAUAGCUUUAUACAGAUCAAAAAAUGAAAGGAGAAUAAUAUCUAGUUUUAUUAGUUUAGAAGUUAACUACUACAAACUAGAAAGAAGUUGACAAUUAUUACAAAGUAGAAAAGUUUGAGUAGUCAUAUCCUAAGCAUUUUUAAAAAUAUUGCAAUCAAAUUUUGCACAGGGUGGUUUCUGGGGACGCUAAAUUAGAAUAUAGUAUUAAUUUUUAUAUAAAAAAUCGUCGAAAAUUUUUAAAAGGUCUGCCCUUUUUUCAAAUUUAAGACCAAACGUCUAUGAUUAAAAUCAAAUUUAAUUACAUCAAAAUAAUCGUUUUGGAAAUAAUUAUGAAGUGCUGAAAUGUGAAAGGGUUUCAAUUUUAAAUAAGGUAGAUACAGAAGUGGCUCCACGAAAAGUAAAACACGCUGUAUUUCGCAUACUGGUGACACAGACUUUCAUGGAAUUUAAUAAUUAUUGGCGUCUAUCUCGUUGGAGUUGUCUCGUGAGCACACUAUAUUGGCGUCACAGUUUUAACAAUAUUUUUUUAUACUUAUAAUGUUUAGAUAUACAUAAGUAUCUUAAAUGAUAAGAUAAUAUAAAGUGUGAUUAGCGAUUGUUACUGUAUCAAAUAAAUAUAUUAAACAUCAUUUCUUUAUAUUUAAGCACUGCAUCGAAGACCAAAUCAAGAAAUUAUAUUUAGAAGCAAGUUUUUUUUAUAAUAUUAGAUAUUUUCUAAUAUUGAAAGUUUUCUUUCAAAAACAAAUAUUUUAUUUCUAUGCCUUCCCAGUUUGGAGACAUUUAAUGAUGGAAGCUGAAUAAUUUUGAUAGGAAUAGUUAUUAAGUAAAUUACAAUUUGAAGUUCUUUUCUAUGAACCUUCGUAAUUAUUGCAGAAAUAUCAUCUUUUCUGGGUUGAAAGAUACGAUGGAACGAUUACUGUGGGCCUCGUUCUCUAAAAUAAUAUUAAAUAUGCAAUCUUUUUCGAUUAGAAGAUGGUUGUGACAAUAGAACACGUCUUUAUUUUUUCGCAAGAUUUUUGUUGACAUUGGUAAAAUUAAUUUUUCUCAUCAAAAAUAAGGUAUGAUUUCACAGGGAAUUAUUUUGUUUUGAAUAGCAACAGGAUAUAAGAAAAAUGUUUUGAGUGUCAUAGUCAUUAAAAUUAUACAAUGAAUUAAGAAAAUUAUUCUCUGGACUUUGUAUAACAACUGUUCGACUAAAGGAGUAUAAGUUUUGCAGUUAAUUUAUUAUUAGCAAAUGUUAUAGCACUCACUAUUUAAUUUCGUUCGUUUCUCAAAAUGAUUAAAUUAACACUAUACAGUUAGAAUAUUUGUAAAAGAUUGUGACUAUUUAUCUUAUAUCGAAGCAAAUGAUCAUUUUGAUUAAGGUAAUCCAAUACGGUAUCGAUUGUUCUGCCAUCCUCAGAGUGUAAGGUAACGAAUAGCUAUUUCGAUAUUUUGCCACCAAGAUUUAUCAAACUACGUUUAGAUCUCAUGUGUUGGUAAUGAAUUUUUAAUAAAAGGUCAUUGUGAAUUAACAGUGACUGUACUUGUUUUAUUAGUUUAUCAAACAUAAGUAUCAGUAAAAUUUCUUUGAUUUUAUUUUCUUCGUUCCGAAAUGUAUUUCGAAUAACUUUUAUUUAAUGUAGUAAGUAUAAUUUUAAUAUUAUUAUAACUAUUAAACUUAAUUAAUUGUAGUAUUAGUCACGACAAAGCGGUAGUGGCCACUUCAGUGACUUAUUAGUUUAUGUAAAAUUCUAUUAUGUUAAUGAGAAGACAAUAAUCAAAACAAAGCGGACGUCAUAUUUAUAGUAAAAAUAUAGCAAUAAACGAUUGUGGGGUACAGUUGUACCCAACACGAUUUCAUGAGAGUUAAGUAUAGGUAGCUAAGCUUCUCAAUAUAUGUGUGUACCUAGUUUAAGCUGAUUAUUUAUUUAUUCGUGGAAUUAUUUAUCAUUUUUGUUUCAUCGGAUUUCUUGUUUAUUUCGGAUAAAUCUUGAAUGUAUUAGCCUUUUAUAUGAUUCUGUACAACAUUUUAACAAUAAUAAAAUACCUUCUAUGUGCAUCUAA